AAUUUAUGAAUUGUGUUUUGAAUUUACGAAUCUGAUUUUGUGAAUGUGAAUUGUGCUGUGAAUUUAUGAAUUGUGUUUUGUAAAUGUAUUAUUAUUGAGACUGAUCUGUCUCCAUAACAGGUGGGGCUCGGAGCCCUUCCAUACCUACAAAGUGGGGGUUGAGAAACACUGGUCUACACCCAUAAAAGCUGAAAACACAGUACACAGAUGAUGAUGACUUCCUGUUUCGCCUCUGCGUUUGGGCGGCCAAACUCCUGCGGUUAUUUAUCGAAUUUGGAUCUACUAUGAAGACUUAAGCAGAUAAAGACCUUCAAAAGUUAGAUUCGGGUUACGCGGUUUUAUAUCUUUGUUUGAAAAGUUGCUAUACUUGAGUCACCUUGCACUUUUAAAAUACUUUUUUUAAAGUUAUCGGACCGCUGUCUUUUGGGUCGUUUUUCGAUACUUUGCUAAGCAUUGUUCUGGUUUCGCAGGUGCUGAGGCAUCACGAAAUACGAAAUAUGCGAUUUAACGUUUCAUUUUAAGUGGAUCAUUUCAGACAACUUUGCCGAAGAAACAGACGCUUGUUGUGAGACAUGGAUCAUAACGCAAUACGUGCUCAGUUUGUGGACGCUCACUGGGCGACACUCGUUCAGAGGGUGGGCAUAGCGGUGAUGCCAAUAGCUGAUGAGCUUUUUUCAAAUAAAAUGCUGGGAAGCGAGUCAUACAGCAUGAUCAAAGCAGCAGCUACCAACCAGGAGAAAAUGAGAGUGUUGGUUGAAGUCUUGCACUCUGGAGGAAACGCUGUUAAAUCUGCCUUUUAUUCUGGACUGGAAAAGCAUGCAGCGUUUCUGCUUAGAGAUCUGAAAUUAAAGAGCAUGGGUUUGAAACAACUUGAGGGCCUCAACCCACCAACUGCUGAAUGUCAUGUAGAAAGUUUAGAGGAAUAUAAGAAGUGGAUCCAGAGAGAACUUAAGUUUGUGACAGAGUAUAACUCACUGCCUGGUGAUCAUGUGCUGCUGUCUGAGCGCUACAUACAGCCUCUGAUCAUAAUGAGACACAGAGAGAAGAAAGAGAGAACGGAAGAGUUGUGCUUCAAGGGAGAGAGUUUUCAGCAGCUCAUAAGCUCAGAGAAUGAUGCAGAGAAAGAAAACAAUGUCCUGGAUGCUCUUUUCAGUGCAGAUAGUAAAGGAAUCUGUCCUGGUGCUGUCAUUCUUCAAGGGAACUCUGGGAAAGGCAAAUCCGUCACUGCACAAAAGAUCAUGUUGGACUGGGCAUCUGGAAACCAUGGCAGAGAGAACUAUGAUUGUGUUUUUCACUUGAAAUGCAAAGAACUGAACCAGAUUUCUGAAGAGCAGAGUUUGGUGGAGAUCUUGAGCAUCAAUUCUAAUUUAACACCAGAUCAGAUCUUGCAGAUCCUGCAGAAGUCACCAAAGAGAGUGCUGGUCCUCAUCGAUGGAUUUGAUGAACUCAAAUUUUCAUUUAGUGACGCAUCAAAUAAGUUAACGGCACGCAAUCUGUAUAAAAAAGAUCCACCUGAGGCUUCUCUGACGGCCCUGUUGAGUGGUUGCCUUUUGCCUGAAUCUUUCCUGCUGGUCACGACCAGAUCUACAGCUACAGACACUCUGAGUGGUGUACUCAAGAAACCUCAGCGUUUAACUGAGAUUAUAGGUUUCUCUGAGAGGGAGGUGGAGGAGUACUUCCAGAAGUUCUUUCAAGCUGAGGAGCUCUUCAGGAACGCUUAUGAGUCUGUGAAAGCAAAUGAAACCCUGUUUACUGCCUGUUCCAGUCCUGUUAUCUGCUGGAUCAUCUGCACAGUUAUCAGAGAAAGAUUCAAUGAUGGUGCAUAUGUAACAAGUGGUCUGGAAACAACCACAUCCAUAUAUGUUGACUUUGUGUUUAUUCUGCUCAAGCAUCACUGUCAGGGUUUGAGUGAGUCUGUCCCGACCCUGCUGAAGAGUCUGGGUCAGCUGGCAGAGAGAGGGGUGCUAGAACGACAAGUUUUGUUUGAUGAAAAAAGUGUGAAGAAAGCUGUUUCAGACCCUGCUGGAAGUCCAUUCCUGGGCAAGUUCCUCUUUAAAAAAAGAACACGACAGGAGACGAUGUUCAGCUUCAUGCAUCUCAGCUUUCAGGAGUUUUUUACAGCUCUGUACUAUGUGCUGGAUGAAAAAGAGUUUUGUGGUAAACUAACAGAGUGGUUCCACUCUGAAUUGCCUGAAUAUCAUUUUUUCCCUGUGGUUCAGUUUCUCUGUGGUCUCUGUAAUAAAGAAGUGAGUGACUCGCUCAAGGAAACACACAACGUAUCUGUCCCACCUUCUGUACAAGCACAGUUGGAAGAAUGGAUCCUUCAUUUCAGAACAAAAUAUUAUUUGCGCUAUAUUCUCCUCUGCCUGUAUGAGCUUCAUGAGAAGGACUUUGUGCAGAAAGCUGUUGAAGCUUGGCAGGAGAUGGACAUGUCAUGGGAUAGUCUGAACAGGACUGACUGCUGGGCGUUGGUGUAUUGCCUGGAGUGUUGUCCUCAGUUCAGAAGCCUGAAUCUUAAUUUUGCAGCAGAAGAGUUGAAGAUGCUUCAGUCUGUGCUGUGCAGGACUCCAGAACUAGAGCUGGUUGUCCAAAACCUUGCAGACACGGAUGUUUCUGAUUUGAUCUCAGCUCUUGGAGAAGAGAAGUUACUGAGAGCAUUGAGACUAAACAGCAAAGGUCUAUCAGAUCAAAGUGUUCGGCAGAUUCUUCAUGCUCUACACAAACAGAAGACUGUGGGUGGACUUCAGAUUGCAGUGAAGAACAUCACAGCUGACACCGCCCUCAUCCUGACAGACUUCAUACAGAACACAGAGAAAUGGGAAGAGAUCGGUUUAAGGACAAAUACGGAUUGCAAGAAUGCAGAGAGUCUUUGCUCAGGUUUACGACUUUAUAACACAGAUGGAAUCUUUGCGUUGCAUGUGGUGAGGUUGUGUUCAACGCCACAGAAAGCACCAUCACUUUCUGAAAUCAUUCUGAGAUAUCCACAUUCAGAGAUGUCCGGUAUGAAUCUGAAGAACUUCUUACAGGCCUUCCAUGAUAUAAACUGCUUAACCGAAGAAAAUGCAGGUUUUGAGCAACAGGUGGAUUCUUUGUUGUCUCAUCUCUUCUCUUUUUCUGACUUGUCUGUGAUAAUUUCUGCUCCCCUCCUGACUGAGAAAUGGGCGUCCAGAAUCCUCUUCCUCAUCCAGUCCUGCAGCAAGAGUCUGCCAUUAUACGUUGCUUUUAAAGCUGGUUUUCUGAGCUCUGAUGGUGCAAAGUGGCUCCCUGGUCUUUUAAUGGAGGAGGGAAUCAGAUUCCUGCAAGAGUCCCCUAAAUAUCCUCGUUGUACUCUAGUCAUUGAAGGACUCAGAUGCUGUAAAUCCACUGGCUGCUGCUCUCACCAGACUGAUCAGAUUAAAGAAAUCGACUGCAACCAGAGUGUGACCAUUGUUAUCAGUAGGGGGAACUGUACAGAAGACUGUUCUGAUCAGGAGUCCACUUAAAAACGGACAGUAACUUUGUUGAAUUUAUGUGAUCUGUUGUUGGUUUAAAAGAAUGUGUGUUGUGAUGUCACAAGGCAUGUCUGAUCUUAUAUCAGCCCUCUUGGAAGGAUAGACAGAUACAUCUAAUAAGACAAAAAAGUCAUGAACUGUUGUGCCCUCUAAUGUUCAAUAAUUAUAUCUGCCAAAGUAAUGUCUGAAAAGACAUAAACACUGAUAUUUAUAAUAAUAUUUUGGACAAUACUAUUUUGUAAUAUAAGAUCAUUUUGAGUUCCUCUGAUAUCCUCUGUAUUUGUGUAAAUGUGAUAAUGUUUAUAUUGAUCUAUACAGUAUUAGAAAAAAAAGGGCGAGAGACCAGGGGCACGUUUCAUUAAGGAGUUUCAACCAACACCGAGUUAAUUUGUGUACUCGGAGUUGAUUUACAUCAAUAUGCGAAACUUUGAGUAUUUGGGUUUUCAGAACAGCGUAAUUGAGUUCUAUCAACUCUGGGUAGACUUAUCUUGAGUUAAGCGCUUGCACCACAACUACUACAAGCCAUGAUCAAUGGAGCUCCGAUAUUACAAUUCACCAUGGCGUUUUUUCAGCCAAUGGAAUCACUCUGCGUCCUAAAGGGGCCCGAAGUCGAGAGGGGACUCGAUACCUCAUGACAACUGCACCAAAAAAGCAACAUGGCAGCAGAAAACGCUUGAGAGUGAGGCACACUUUCCGCACAUAUCUAAUUCACUGUGAAGAAAAAUGUUACGGUUUUAAUAAAAGUGCACGGGGAAAUGACAAAAUUCCACUCGGGUCCUAAAUUGCUCUUCUGAAAUUAAAGUACAUCCAUAUGAAUUAAUGCAGCCUCUUCACAUCUAGGAUCCUCAAUAAAAGCAUAUAUGU